GACACACACACACCCAUACACACACAUAGAGUUGCGGUGUUCUCUCCGUGCGACAGAAACCCAGUGUUCAGGAGGGGAACCGCGCUCUUGGUGUAACAGAGCACUUGAUUCCGGGGUGGUUACACAAUGUGUCACUAACAUGAGAAAAAAGCAGAAGGGCAGUGGCAGGAAAAAAAAACAUGAGCUAACGGGUUUAUGUGAGCAGGCAGAAAGUGUAGUUUUAUACAAUGAUUUCUUUGGGUUAGAACCUCCUCAUGUCUGAUGGUUGAAUCUGAAAUGAUCUGUACAGCACAUCUAUUUCUAUAUGAAGGAUUCUUGGAGUGAGAAGUCACCUGGUGAGAUGAACAAGAUGGACGAUAACUUCACGGAAACGUUAGAUGAGUUUAUGGGAAGCGCACUUGUUACAUGGGUGCAUCUUUUUGAGGACAUGGUUGGUGAUGAGGGCCAGAACUACAUGGAGGUUAACUCCAACUCCCAGAAUGCACUGAAUGCACAGUACCUGCAACUAACGAAUGGCAUCUACCUCAAUGAAGUUAUGAGAAUCAUUGAUCCUAAUCCCAAUGUAGAGCAGAUCUAUCACAACGUGAGAGACGACAAGAUUCUUCGGGUGCAGAACUUCUCCAUCCUCAACCGGCACCUUAGGUCUUACUAUCAGGAAAAUCUUCAGCAGUUGGUUUUGAUGCCUCUUCCUAAUGUUGCGGUUUUGGGGCGAGAUCCACUCACGGAGGGGGCUCUGGAAGAGCUAAGAAGGUUGCUGCUGCUUUUAUUGGGAUGUGCAGUUCAGUGUGAGACGAAGCAAACGUUCAUUCAGCAGAUACAGUCCCUCAACAUCGAGACUCAGGCAGAACUUGCUCUCUGUAUACAGGAGGUGACUCAAGACCCGAGUGCGGUCCUGCCACUGCAUUAUGGAGAGAUGUGCGCAUUGGAUGGGUUGGAAUUACAGACACUGCUCGGCUCUCUUGCUCGUCAGAUCCAGAGCCUUUUGGCUCAGCGAGACAUGCAUCUAGAGAGAAUAGCAGAGCUGAGUGUGCAGUGCGAGUCCGUUUCGUCCCCCACGACGCCCCCUACGGGCCCCUGGCACAAUGCUCCUGAGGGACUGUCCAUCCAACUGGCAGAUAGCAAAGCCAAACUACGGCGACUCAAACAGGAACUGGAGGAUAAAGAAGAUCAAUUAAUCGAUUACAAGCGAGAAAUACAAACUAUGGAGGUGGAAUUAAAGAAACUGCAGUGUGAGAACCGGGCACUGCAGGGUGAGGUUCGUGUCAGUCGGAGUCUGCGAGACGAAGUGGACUGUCUGCGUGAGCGUGCAAACAAAGCAGACCAGCUACAGACAGAGCUGAAAACCUGCACACAUCGUCUGCGGAGCAUGGAGCUCUACCGCACUCAACUGAAGGAGCAGCAGCAAUACUGUGCUUCACUGCAGGAGAACAAGGCCCUGCUGGAAGAGCAACUGGAUGACACACGAGUUCGAUGUUCUGCCUUACGGGAACUGGAAAAAGACAAUCUAUUGCUCAGACAGAAACUCAUGGAUUUGGAGGCGGAGAGGGAUGUGGAGAGGCAGAGGGUCGAUGAACUGCUAGAAAUGAAUAUGAGACUGCAGAUGGAUCUGAAGCGCCCAUCUCUUUCUGUUGAUGUCACACAGCGAGUGACUCAUCCUCAUGUCCUCUACUCAGAGCUGGAAUCUGAUGAAGAGCUUCAGGAACCCAAAACCCCUGAGCAUCAUGAAGGUGAACACAAGCCACUGAGUGUUGAGGUGAAUGAAGCGUCCUCGCUAAGACUUCUGGGAGCUGAGAAUGAAAACGCCGAACUGAGAAGACGUCUCGAGCGCCUUCAAGCCGAGCAAGAGGCUCUGCAGACACAAUCUCCUGAGGUGACAGAGACUCUUCAGAGACAGACAGACAAACUCAAACAACUGGAAGAAGAGCACCAGAAUACCCUCAAAGAGUUUCAGAACCUGAAGAAUGAAAAUUCCAGUCUAAAGAGAAGCCUUGAAGAGCUGGAGAAAAUCAGACUCCAAGAAAAGCAGGAGAGGUCACCUGGAGAGGUUGAGAAAGAGAUUCCAAGAGGCGAGUGUGAAGGAAAAGACAUGGGAAAAGAGGAGGAGGCAGACAAAAGGGAGAAGAGAAAGCAGGAGAUGAUAAGAGCACAAAGGGAGGAUGGAGAAGGAGAAGAAGUCCUCCUAAAAGAGAAAAAAGAGGAGACCGAAAAUGAUCCAGAGACAAAAGAACGAGGAGAAGCAGAAGGACAGAAAUGGACUGGGACAGGUAAAGAUAAACCCGAAAGCAUGACAACAAAGGAGGAAAGCAAAUCAGAUGACGAGAUGCCCAUGCAAAAAGGAAAACAAGAGGAAAAUGCAAGAGAGAUAGAGACAGAGGUGAAUAAGCUCCACAGGGAAAUUCAUGCUCUAACCACUCAGCUCCAGCAGGCAGUAGAGGAGGCAGAUCAGCAAACAAAUCUGGUUCAAGAGCUACACUCCAAACUGGGUGAGCAGACUAAGAAGACUCGGGAGACAGAGCAGAAACUGGCUCUUCUGGAAGCUGAGAGCCAGAGACUGAAGAAAGCAGCAGAAAGCCUCACAGAGGCCAGGAAACAGAUAGAGAUUUUGCAGUGCGAAUCCAUGCACCAGGAGGAGGAGCUGAUGCGCCUGCGCAGUCAAGCAGAGCUGCAGAAGAUGGAGGCUGCAGUUAUUCCUCAGCUAGAGGGAGAGAGAGCUGCACUGGAAAGGGAGAGAGAAACCCUCAAGGCUACCAUAGAUUCUCUUCGAGCUUCAGUGCGCAAGGGUGAUCAGGUUGAGUUGAACAAUCAAACUCUAAAGGCGGAGUUGGAACGUUUAGGCCGGAAUUUGGACUCUGCCCGUCGACGAGAGGAAGAACUAGAAGCUGAGCUGAAGGAGUCUAGCUUUGAAAUCGACUCUUUGAGCAAGAGGCGGGAUGAAGCCAUGCUGGAGGUUUCACGGCUGGAGCAGGAGAAGGAGGCCUGUCAGUCUGAGCUCGACUGUCAACGUCGUGAGCAGAGACAGAAGGAGCGUGAGAUGGCCAGACUUCGGCAGCAGCUAGAAAGCACCACCUCGGCCCUGGAACAUGCCAACCAGAGGGCCUGCAGCCUGGAGCUCCAGCACAGACGGGUGUGUCAGGAACUUAAAGAGCUUAAAGAGACCGUGGUUCAACUAGAGGAACUACAAAAAGAGAACCAACAAAUGAAUGCACAAAAUGCUGAAAACAGCACACAGAUCACUUCUCUAACACAGGAGUUAGCCAGCGAGAGAGUACAAUCUCAGAAGCUGACCACUCAGGUUGCUGAGUUAAACCAGUCACUUGAAGAAUUGGACGGCAAGCUUAAAAUGGCCAACUCACAACUCACACAGUUGCAAACUGAGCAUGCCAGAGUGGUGUCAGAGGUCGCUGCCUUUUCCUGCAAUUCAGGCACUGAGGUUGCUGAAGAUUCAAAAUCAAACAGACAAAGUCCAAUGCAGAGAGAAAAUCAAGAGGAUCCACAUAUCAGCUCUAAGGAUCGGAUUGCAGAAAGCCAGACGUCAGAAAAUGCUGCUAUUGUCGCUUCCUCUGAGGACACACAAUCCCUAGAAGACAAUAAAAAACAGAGUCCUAAAAUUAACAGUGAGAGCCAGCACCAUGCAAGUGUGAAACUGCUCAGUAUGGAGAAAGAGAAUGCCAUGCUGCAGCAGGAACGGCAGACAUUGCUGUCACAACUGGCGCAGUCACAGACAGUCUGUACUCAUCUGCGAGAACAGCUGGACUCGCUGCAACGUCACUCUAUCAGCCUGCAGGAGAGCUGCUCUAAACUGCAGGACCUUAACACCAAACUACAGGUGGAGCAGACUUCUUUAAGCUCCCAAAAUGCCUCUGUGUUGGCACGGUGCAGAGAGAUCGAGGUGCGCUGCGCUACUCUAGAGGCUGAUUCUAAGGUGUGGCAGAAGGAGAAAGAAGAAUCAGCAGUGCGUUGCGAAUCAUUGAGACGGGACCAUGAGAGGCUGACAGCUUUACAGCAGAGGCAGGAGGCAGAGCUGGAAGAGCUACUGGCCAAACACAGUCAGCUAAAGAGCAGCGGUCGAGGUUUAGAGGCUCAAUACAGAGAACUAGAGGCCAGGCAUAAAGAGCUGAUGAAGAGCAAAGCUAAGCUGGAGGAGGCUGAGGAAGAGAUACAAGCAGAGAGAGAGAGAAUGGAGAGGGCCGUACAGGAGCAGACUGUAAGAGAGAAAGAGCUGGAAAGGCUGAGAAUGGAGAAUGAGAGGUAUGUGAACCAGCAAAAGGAGUGGGUCCAGGUGCAGUCGGAGUUACUGGCCCAGGUUUCUGUUCUGCGUAGUGAAAUGAGCACGGCCCAGAUAGAGCGAACCAAACUGGAGGGAGAACUCAACAUGCUCAAAGAACAGAACCAACAACUUGACCUCAACAAUGUCCGCCUCAACAGUCAGCACCAGCUUCUUACUCAGUUGAAAGGGAAUAUGGAGGAGGAAAACAGGCACCUGGUAGAGCAGAACCAGAGUCUAGCCAAAGAGAACCGAGCCCUUCUGGAGCGCAGCCUGGAGAGCCGAGAUCAGCACCACAACCAGCAGAGAGAAUACCUCGAUAAACUGAACGAGCUACGCAGAGAGAAGCAGAAACUGGUGGAGAAGAUAAUGGAUCAAUAUCGUGUUCUGGAGCCUGGCAUGUCUGCAACCAAACAACCCAAGAAGUCUAAUUGGAUCGCGGACCGAAUGAAGAAGCUGAUAAAGCCUAAAGGAGGCAAGGAAGGUCGAGCUCACUUUAUCACCAUAGGCAGCAUGGACAUCCUGGAGGAGCCUGGAGACUCGGUGCCGUCGUCCCCCCUUACAUCAGCUCACAGUCAGGAGCAAGACCCCAGCAGUGCCCCAGCGUCUCCUUCGACCUUGAGGAGAGUGUCCUCUCAGGGAGAUCCAGACGAGCCAUCCAAAGUGGUUCUGAGGUCAGCACGACGUAAACUGGGCUCCUCCAGACAUGGCUGGGGUUUAGGCAAGGGUCGAGAGGGAGGCGUGUCCCAAUCGUUCAGUCCGGGAGAUCGUCGCUCACGGCCACUUCAGCGCUUAAACCCGCCAUCCAGUGCCUUGUGGGAAAAAGACCACGACGGGAGUCCAACACCUAGUGAGGAAGGAAGAGGUGAGAGUGAAGAGAACACCACUUCUGAGCACUCAGAUAGUCGCGUCUCCUCCGGAGCUGAAGAUUUUCAUUCCAGUUUUGACAAACCCCAGGACUAGGAACGGCAGCAAGAUUCAAGAAAAUGUUGGACGUGAUCAUUUUUUUAUUUAGUUUUUCAAAUUGAACAUUCUUAUGAUAUUCGUAUGUAUUUUGUGAUUUGCAGCUAAAUGACUUUGCACUAUUAUUUAAAACAAAAUGUAUUUUCGAUACAGCUUGAAUAAAUUCCUUAGUUUUUUGUA